CUCGCCCCCUGCGGUACAAAGGCGCCGGGGACUCGGCCCCAUGGAUCCGCCGCCGGCCGCGGCUGGGGCGCAGCGGGGAGCUGUGACAGGUGCCUUCCAGGAGUGUGAGAUAUGAGUGGCACCCGAGGACAGAGGCCUGUCCAGGAAGCCAGCCCCACCAUGAGUCUGUGGGGGCUUGAGGACAGCCACAGCUGUCGCGGUACCCCCCGGCCUGCCCAGGAGCCCACCCCAGAGGAGGCAUCAGCUUUGGAGCUACAGAUGAAGGUGGACUUCUUCCGGAAGCUGGGCUACUCAUCCUCUGAGAUCCACAGCGUCCUGCAGAAGCUGGGGGUCCAGGCAGACACCAACACAGUGCUGGGGGAGCUGGUGAAGCAUAGCGCAGCUAACGAGCAUGAGCGCCAGGCCUCUCAAGACCCCGGCCCUCAGCUCCCUCUGGUGCCCCGGGGUGGGGGCACCCCCAAGGCCCCCAGCCUGGAGCCCUCACUCCCAGAGGAGGACAAGGAGGGCAGUGACCUGAGGCCAGUGGUCAUCGAUGGGAGCAACGUGGCCAUGAGCCACGGGAACAAGGAGGUGUUCUCCUGCCGGGGCAUCCUACUGGCUGUGACCUGGUUUCUAGAGCGGGGCCACACCGACAUCACAGUGUUCGUACCGUCCUGGAGGAAGGAGCAGCCUCGGCCCGACGUGCCCAUCACAGACCAGCACAUUCUGCGGGAACUGGAGAAGAAGAAGAUCCUGGUGUUCACACCGUCCCGGCGGGUGGGAGGCAAGCGGGUGGUAUGCUAUGAUGACCGCUUCAUUGUGAAGCUCGCCUACGACUCGGAUGGGGUUGUGGUCUCCAAUGACACCUACCGGGACCUCCAGGGCGAACGGCAGGAGUGGAAGCGCUUCAUCGAGGAACGACUGCUCAUGUACUCCUUUGUCAAUGACAAGUUCAUGCCCCCGGAUGACCCCUUGGGCCGGCAUGGACCCAGCCUGGACAACUUCCUGCGUAAGAAGCCACUUCCUUCUGAGCACAGAAAACAGCCGUGCCCUUAUGGGAGGAAAUGCACCUACGGGGUCAAGUGCCGAUUCUUCCACCCUGAGCGGCCCAGCCGCCCCCAGCGCUCCGUGGCUGAUGAGCUCCGUGCCAAUGCCCUCCUCUCACCCCCCAGGGCCCCUGGCAAGGACAAAAGUAGCCAGCGGUCUUCCGCUUCCUCUCMGUCUGGCUCUCUGCCUGCACAGGGUGAGCAGAGCAGCCAGGAGGGAAAGAAGCUGGGGACCCAAGCACCCUCAGGGCCCCGCCAGGAGGGGCUGACGCAGACCUUUGCCCCUGCGGGCAGGGGCCGCCCACCCAGCGGAGGCAGCGGCGGCCACUUGGGGCCCACAGACUGGCUCCCGCAGACCCUGGACUCGCUCCCAUACAUCUCCCAGGACUGCCUGGACUCUGGCAUCGGCUCCCUGGAAAGUCAGAUGUCAGAACUGUGGGGGGUUCGGGCGGGAGGCCCUGGUGAGCUGGGACCCCCYCAGGGCCCCUACUCUGGCUACCGCCAUUAUGGGUCGGAGCUUCAGGCUGUGCCUGCCUUCCCUGCCUUUGGACGGGCCAUGGGUGCCGGCCACUUCAGUGUCCCUGCUGACUACACGCCCCCACCACGCGCRUUCGCAUCCCGAGAGUACUGGUCUGAGCCGUACCCGCUGCCCCCACCUACCCCAGUCCUCCAGGAGGCCCCCGUGCCAGGCCCAGGGGGUGGCGGGGGUCCCUGGGGUGGGGCGGGGGUCCUGGCCAAGGAGCGGGCCAGUGUGUACACCAAGCUUUGUGGCGUCUUCCCCCCGCACCUGGUGGAGGCCGUGAUGGGGCGUUUCCCGCAGCUCCUGGACCCCCAGCAGCUGGCGGCGGAGAUCCUUUCUUACAAGUCGCAGCACCUCACUGAGUGAGCCAGCUGCGUGGCCCGMAAGGGGCUCCCAAGCCAGCCCCGAGGCCGCCUGGAUGCUGGGCAGAGGGAGAGUUCUAGUAGGGAAGGGACCCCCACCUAAGAUCCUGUAGGAUUGGCUCUGGCGCACGUGGCACCCGCAGCCUGCCCUGUGGGCCAGAGGCGAUCGCCCCGUUGAUGCACAUUGUAUCUCGUUUAAGGAGACGCUGCCKAUUAGGCCGUUGGUCCGUGGCUGAGGCCCAAACCCUCUUUUCUCUCAGAGGGCGGGGAGAGAGGUCUGGGGGAACAGAGGCCUGGGCAGGGCCCCCACCUCCACCCCGUCCCUGGGACGCCGGCGUGGCCGGCUAGUUGGGCACCGUGUGCCUGCCCUCCAACACCCCUCCCGUAAGCCAAUGAGGCCUCAUCUGCACCCCUUGCGGGUCGUGAGGCUUCAUGUCAGUAAGCAAGAUGCUUCUUAAAACCCACCUCUACCCACUGUUUACCUGCCCCACCACUCCUGCCAGGGCUCAAGGGCCUCUGUCCCCACCCUGUCUUCUGCGCCCUUCCCCAAAGGUGAGGGGACAUGUGUAUGCUGUGUACAGUUAUAAAUUUGAAAUAUA